AUGUAUCCUCGUACUUACACGCCUUGUUUGCGAAAAUGCCCUCAUCUAGCACAUCUCGCUCGUUUGAUCUCUCGGUUGCCCACUCUGACUCCCUAUACUCAGUGGCCGUCUUGGUGGUUCCUCGAUCUACCUUGGUCAAGUGUCUGCUCCCUUUCACCAACAGAGACCUUGUCUAGGGCUUGUGACACACUCCCAUCACAUGCGUUGAUUGCCAACCUCUUGAGUGUGCUUCCAGACACUAAUACCUUGGUCUGUGUACGUCCUCUUGAUGCUAUCUCCUUGCAACAUCUGUUCAAUGCUCUGUGCCCUUUUGAAGGCCCUUCUGCGUGGAUCAUUCCUGCUCCUCUUAGAUCGGUUAUGGCCUUCGCUGACCAAGAACGCACCGCCAUGUUGGAGAGCCAGUCUACCCCCUCUCCACCCACUGCUAGCUUUUCGCAUUGGUAUAUCAUCACCGGCCCUAGAACAAAAGCUACAAUGGCCCAGAUCAAGCUCGGUGCAUUACGCCGUUAUUGGCACCCAUCAUUUGAUUUGCUUCGUGGCCCAGCCCACCCUCCUCGGUAUCGCCCACCUCAUCUUUUGAUUCCCCCCUUCACCUCUGGCGUGAUUUUUGGUCCCUCUAUCUUCCUGCCAAGGCAUUCACACCCUGGUGGCGUUUGA